AUGUUGGCCAAUGGUCAGGAAAAGUCACUGAUCGAAGAACAAUGCAACCACUGGUGGGCCAAUGAAUGCCCGCUCUUUGUGGUUGAGAAGUGCUGUUCCUCCAUCCCCGUGGCCAAAGAUACUGACAGCCCCGAGCUCUUCGACGGCACGCUGCGGGUGGCUUUUGCCUUGCAUCGGAGCAAGGCGGCCAGCAAAUACCAAGAAGAGUAUCAGGUGAAACCCUUCGAGAUCGAUUGGUUAGGGGGGUACUGGAAGCUACCCAAGACGCCUCUGCCAACGAAUGGGGACAAAGAGAACCUGCAGAAUAUCCAUGAUCGCAUCGUGAGCUCCUUCAACUCGGUGGACAAGCGCACGGCGCCCGUGCCGGAUGAACAACUGCAGGAGGUCUAUGAUGCGCUGACCCCGGCGCUGCCCCAAAUCUUCAGCUCAGGGGCCAUCAGCGUCCAGAUGAUCAUGAACGUCUACCGGAAGGAGAACCUCUUCUGCGCCUUCGCCUUGGCCCGUGUGGCGGCCGCCAUGCGCGUGGAUCACCUGGAGCGUGCGCUGGGGCUCUUCGACCUGGCGCGACGGAAGGUACAGGAGCCCGUUGCGAAGAGCUCGGUCGCGCAGUUUCUGCCGGAACGCUCCGUGCUGUCCUACGUGGACCGCAACGUAGGGGUUUGCUCCGCGCUGUUGCAGAAAUGGGAGGAUGCGGCAAGACAUUGGCGGAGUUCCCUCCAUAUUUUUCCAGCCAACGCCACCUCGCACUACUUGCAGGGCAAAUACUUUCAGGAGAUUGGCAAAUACAACGAGGCCGUGGAGUGUCACAUGCGAGCCAUAGCCCUGGACCCUGAUUUCAAGCUGCCUUAUCAGGGCCUGGGCAACUGCCACUUGCUCAGAGGGGACUUGGAGGAGGCGAUGCAGGCGUGUUUGGCCUGCUUCCGUCGUCACCCAGAUGCGCCCUUUGCGCAGUUCAUUGCCGGGCAAUGCCACGCGGCACCAGAUCGGAGAGGUAUUUACCGCACUUUUUUGGCGCCAACCAGUCGCUACCUCUCGCCAGAAGGGCGGAAGAUCUUGGCCGAGAAAGGGGUGAGGCCAGCCGUGCCAACCCCUGGUGAUACUGAUGGCGACCCUGAAGAAUAG